AACUUACCGAUAUUACACGAUAAAGACAGCUUAAAUAAUUUUUCUCUUUAUAUAUAAUUUAAUUGUAAUCUAUAGAGUUCAAAAUCGUACGUUUUUGCUAGGUAUUACAUUCUAUACGAAAAUGGUGUGAUGAAAUUGAAAACAUCUCAACACGUGCCCAACAACUUUGCAAUGUAAGUUGUAAUUCUUUUUAAGGGAUGGAUCAAAACAUCAAAACGAAAUAGCAAUAUCGAUAUACUAUUGUUACGCCUGGCUUUGCCCGCUAUUAUUAAAUAUUUUUCAUAGUUAUAAUUUUUAUAUCACCUGAAAAAAGAAGGUAAUAUUUUUAUUAGUUAUUAAUUUACUUAUAAAGAAGUGUCGGUACAUCUAUCUGCUGGGAUCGAAUACAAGAUUGAGUGAAUCGAUAUAUAUCGAUUCACUUAAUCUUAUGUGGUGUGGUUUACACCUUCAAAAAGAUUUAAAAUUAUUGAUGAAUCAGUACUUCUAUAAAAAAGUAUUUUAUAUUAAAAUAUAAAUAUAUAUAUAUAUAUAUAUAUAUAUAUAUAUAUAUAUAUAUAUAUAUAUAUAUCCAUAAAUAUUCUAUUCUCUCUUAAAAUAAAAGUUUAUGAAAACAUCACUGUCUUUUGCUUGACGCAGUCGGGUAAAAAUUUUUACAGUAAGCUAAACUUAUUGUAACCACAAAAGAGAUAGGCACAGAAGGUUGGCUCCAUACAACGAGUGACGACAGAUGCACGUAAACAUAGACGGGUACGUACAUCAGUUGCAUGGAUCCAUGGCAAGUCGUGAGCCAGUGCCCGCGCUUCGCUUUUAUGUUCGUUGCAUUAUUGCUCAAUAUAGGGAGCUGGCCUUCUAUACUUAUCUAUUUUGUGACUUGUAACCGUGUAGUAUUACAAUAUUGAAGACAAUGUAAACUAUCGUAUUUGGAUGCAGUCAACUGACACAGCAUUUUGAUUACACGUGCCAUUUUUCAUAUUUGGGAUAAUAUGACGUAGAUUUACCACUAUUUAAGAGGGUAGCAGUUGAAGUUCGAUUGCAAUACAUUUCUACAAGGGCUAGUAGAAUCACUGACUACCUACGAGAUUACCAGUAUCUACCAGAUCUACAAGAUGUCCACGCAAAUGGCCGAUCAGUUGUUCCCGUCUUCAGAUGAGUCAAUAGUUGACGCUCCAGUCCCAGUCAAGACCAGUAAAAAGAAGCGGAAGACUGCAGAGAAGGCAUCGGGUAGCCAGCCUACCGCUAGUAAGAAGACUAAGUCGAGAGCUACGGUGCGUGAUCUCUUCGGCACGGAUAGCGACGAUGACGAACUGGAUCACAGCGUCGUGAAAUCACCCUCUACUGAUUCACCAUCAAGUUAUAUGUAUUGUGAUAAAUGUAAAACAGAGAUACCGAAACCUGAAUUCAGAUAUCAUAAACGAACUAAUAUCCAUAAAUCGAAUUGUUUGAUAAAGUCAAAGUUUGAACAUAUUGAUAUAAUAGCUACAGCAUUUAAAAACAGAAUAAUGACAUAUCGCUUAAACCCAUCUAUAGAAGACGAGUACCUCCUGCCGGAGGCGUUCUUAGAUGGAAAACGAGACGAUGUUUAUAAAUUAAUUGAGUUAUCAUUAUUAAAACAUACAUGUAUUAAAGUUAACUUUGAGCUGUUUGCUUACUUUGUUUUACCUAAAUCAGGUGAGCAGCAGCUGAAGUCAUUUAAUACAAAAUACGAAGUUAUUUAUAAGAGUACUGAUUUUGAUCAGAUUUAUUUAAAUAUGAGAGAAACUUUUAAGAUGAAAUUAACUGAAUUUGAGCACUGUGAAUCGGGAUGGUCAUUCACAUCACUAAGUCAUUUAGAAAUAAAUAUAAAUAAGUAUUCUCCCAUGAGAGGUGGAUCUUAUAUAGAACUACCCGUUGUUAUUAAAAAUACGAAGAGCUGUAUAAAUGUCUACAAUAACGAUGAAUAUUGUUUUUUAUGGAGCAUCUUAGCAGGAUUAUUUCCAGUCAAAAACAAUGUCUGUAGGACAAGCUCUUAUCCGCAUUUUAAUUCGAUAUUUAAUAUAAAAGGGAUGUCAUUCCCACCAUCCGCCAAAGACAUCAGGUUGUUUGAAAAGAAUAACAGUAAUUUAAGUAUUAAUAUUUACGGAUUGGAUCAACAUUACACUGUAACUGGUCCUCUUUAUGUGACAAAUUUUAAGAAAGAUAAGCAUAUUAAUUUAUUGUAUUUCGAGAAAAAUGACAGAGCUCAUUAUUGUUUGAUCAAAGAUCUUUUACGCUUAGUGAGACGUCAAGUUUCCCGUCAUAAAGGUCGAAUGUAUUUAUGUGAGACAUGUUUGCAAUUUUUUACUAGUGAAAUGAAAUUCCACUCUCAUGCCUGUUCUAAAAUUAUAACAUUAUUACCAGACAAAAACAGCACGUUACAAUUUAAGCAUUUUGAGAGACAGCAAAAAAUCAAUUUUGUUAUAUACGCGGAUUUUGAAAGUCUAUUAUGCAAUUAUGAUGAAGAAAAUACUAAUAAAAAUACUAUAAAAAAUAAAUUACACCUGCCUUCAUGUUUUGCAUAUUAUGUAUGUUGUUCACAUGACACUAGUUUAAAUAAAUUUGUUACUUACACAGGGACAGACUGUGUACAAGUGUUUGUCAAAAAAUUAAUUGAAGAAACAAAAUCAAUACAUAAGGUUUUGAUUACUAAAAAAGCUAUGAAACCUAUGACUCCAGAACAAAUGAAUAAUUAUCGUAGUGCAAGUAGAUGUCAUAUUUGUAAAAAUUUAUUAUUUGAUGACAAAGUGCAAGAUCAUGAUCAUAUUACAUCAGAAUAUAGAGGUGCAGCUCACUCACACUGUAAUUUAAUUUAUAAAGUCUGUCCAUUCAUACCUGUCAUAUUUCAUAAUUUAUCUGGCUAUGAUUCCCAUAUAUUUAUCAAGGAAUUGUCUAAAUAUGAUGGUGAAAUAAAAAUAAUUCCAAAAACAAAAGAAAAAUAUUUAUCCUUUACAAAAAUUAUUGAAACUGAUAAAUGUUAUAAACCUUUGCAAAUUAAAUUCAUAGAUUCAUUCCAGUUUCUUAGCACAAGUCUCGAUAAUCUGAGUAAAAGUUUAACAGACAGUGAUUUCUUAAAUUUAAAAUCACAUUUUCCUGAUGACAAAAAAUUCGAGUUAAUACGAAGGAAGGGUAUAUAUCCAUAUGAAUAUAUUGAUUCAUGGCAGAAAUAUAAUGAGACACAACUUCCACCAAAACAUUGUUUUUACAAUAGUUUGCAAAUGAAACAUAUAACUGAUAGCGAGUAUGAACAUGCGCAAACCGUUUGGAAUUACUUUAAUAUUAGUAGUCUUGGUGAAUAUACUGAUUUAUAUUUAAAAAGUGACGUAUUAUUAUUAUGCGAUAUAUUUGAAAAUUUUAGAAAAAUAUGUCUACAGCAUUAUAAUCUCGAUCCUGCACACUAUGUAAGUUCACCUGGUUUAAGUUGGGACGCCAUGCUCCUUUACACGGGUGUUCAACUCGAGUUGAUUCAUGAUUUAGAAAUUUAUAAGAUGAUAGAAAAAGGAAUACGUGGUGGACUAGCACAGUGCUCUCACCGAUAUGCUAAAGCCAAUAACAUUUACCUCCCUCAUUUUGAUGAUUCUAGACCGUCGUCAUAUUUAGUAUAUCUUGACUGUAACAAUCUUUAUGGAUAUGCAAUGACUAAAAAAUUACCUAUAUCAGAUUUUAAAUUCAUGACAAGUUUCGAAAUGGCCAAUUUUUGUUUGUUUGAUAUUCCUGACGAUGCUGAGUACGGUUACAUUUUAGAAGUUGACAUGAUGUAUCCAGAUAAUUUACAUAAUUUACACAAAGAUUUGCCUUUCGCUCCGGAAAAGUUCAUACCCAUAGGAGGGAAAACAGAAAAGUUAAUCGCGAACUUGUAUGACAAGUACAACUAUGUUAUACAUUAUAUAUAUUUAAAAGAAUGUAUUAGACAUGGACUUAUUUUAAAAAAAAUUCAUCGGAUACUCCAAUUUAAACAAGAAAACUUUUUAAAAAAAUAUAUAGACUUAAAUACUCAAUUACGUCAAUCAGCUAAAACAUCAUUUGAAAGAGAUUUCUUUAAACUUUUGAAUAAUUCAAUAUUUGGAAAAACUAUUGAAAAUAAACGAAAACAGGUUGAUGUUAAACUGGUGACUAAGUGGAAUGAUAAUAAGAAUAGAACAAAUAAAACAUUAUGUGCUGAGAAACUAAUUGCAAAACCAAACUUAAAAAGUAUUAGUGUUUUUAGUGAAGAUUUUCUUGCAAUUCAAUUGGAUCCUGAAAAACUUGUUUUAGAUAGACCCAUAUAUGUUGGCUUUGCCGUACUGGAAUAUGCUAAACAACAUAUGUAUAAUUUCCAUUAUGACUUUAUUAAAAAAAAGUACGGUGACAAUGCAAAACUGUGUUAUACCGAUACUGACAGUUUAUUAUACUUAAUACAUACACAAAACUUUUAUAAAGAUUUGAAUGAUAAUAUAUUGAAAUUUGAUACUAGUAAUUUUGACAUUAAUAAUCCUUAUUGUAUACGAAAGUUAAACGAUAAAAUUCCCGGCUUGUUUAAAGAUGAAUUAGGUGGUGAUGUAAUAACCGAAUUUAUUGGAUUGAGAGCAAAACUGUAUUGUAUUAAAUCACUGAAAACACAGAUUAAUAAAGCUAAAGGUGUAUCAAGGCCAAUUACAAAAAGUUUAAAAAUAUCUAACUAUAAGAAAGUUUUAUUUAAGAAUAUUACUUUUAAAUGUAAGAUGAAUAUGAUUAAAUCAAGCAAACAUGUACUGUAUUCACAGGCAGUUAAUAAAGUAAUUUUAAAUAGAAUAGAUGAUAAAAGAUUAGUUCAACCAAAUCAAAUAGAUACAUUACCUUGGGGUCAUUGUGAUUACAUAUGCUAGAAAUUUUGUAUUAUACAAUGUAUACUGCUAUGAUUCAAAAUAUAUAGUUGUAUCUUAAAUAAAGAUAAGAUUUGCCUAAUAAACUAUACAUUUGGUUUA